AUGACAAUGGCUAAGUCGAUAAUUCGCACCGAUUCUCUCUCGACAGAUCGUGUUAAUGGUGACUUUGACGAAGAUUUCGUCGUAUGUUCGAUAUGUUCCAAUAUUUUAUGGAAGCCAAUUGCCUGGCAACCAUCGGCUCCACCAUACGAAUCACCGUCACCUACAAAUUCGGAAAUCGGAUCAUCGACACUUUUUUCACAAUUAGCAGCAAUCAGAAACGGGCCAUUACGAAUUUCGACGAUUAAUUUUGCUCAAAUACCUCGCGCAAUAAAAAAUGGUGGACAUAUCCCUAAUGGUUAUGCUGGCUUCAAUUGGGAAAAUGCAUACUAUAUGUUCGAAGAUUUUGUAAAAGCUCGUCAAUUAAAAGGCUUUACAAAUGCAUUUGUCAACUCAAGACAAUAUGUGGCAUAUAAUGGGAGAGGUGAUUCAAUGUCAUUUUUCUUAUGCGAUCAAUCCAAGACCUUUGGUUUACAUUCAUUCGAAGCUAUCUCAAUUUAUCACGAAGAUUUCAAACUUUCUGUUGCUGCCUAUCGUGUUGAUGUUUUAUUUGAUACUAAGUUUGUAAUGUUAACCACUGCCAAAGCUACAACCUUUGAAAUGGAUUGGGAACAAAUUGAUAAAGUAGUAUUUAAACCUGAACGAAAUCUUGAAACUCUCAAACCGGAAACAUUUGCUUUAACAUGCUUAAACUUACUUCUUUGA